CAUGGCGAGGCCGCGGCGUCCCGUGAGGGGCCGGGCCGGCGGAGAGCUCCUGCAGCGGCCGCGCCAUGAGCCCAGUUAAAUUGAAUGUGUUGCCUCAAGCGGUCCUCCAAAGCCCAGGGGAACAUCCCAAGUUCAUAGAGCAGGCUCUUUGCCCCCCGUUAGACUUUGCAAGGAUUCAUUUGAUCAAAGACAAAGAUGCCACAGAUGAUUAUUUGGCAAAGAAUAUCAAAGGGGUGUCAAAACAAGAAGCUGCUGCUUACAGGAAUUCAUACAAGAAGAACAUCUGCAUAGACAUGCUGCGCCAGGGUUAUCACAAGUCCUUCUCUGAGCUCCUCACUCUGAUCCAGAAGUGGAAUGCCUUGAGGGAGGCUGCAGGGCCUGGGUCAGCCAUAUGGCAUGAGAAGUCCCUGGAGGAGCAGCCUGAUAAGCUGGAUCAGCUUUACCACUUCCUGACCAGGGCUGAGGCAGCCCGGCGAGCAGGGCACUAUGAGGAGGUGUAUGAUAACCAGCUUAGCUUGGCCUGCUUUUUCAAUGAGCCUGAGGACAAAUGGUUAAGUAACUACUUUUAUGAGCAAAGCUUUAACACUGCUCAGUUAGUAGAAAUUGAUGGUGGGAAGAGAAAAGCACAAGCAUAUGUAAACAUGGGCCUCAUCAAUGAAGAACGAGGUCACAUCAUGAAAGCUGCUGAGCAUUUUGAAACAUUUUAUCAGCUAACAGAGGGCACACCAUGGAAGGAUGAGACAGGCUGUGCUUACACUUCACUGGCAUGUCAGCAUCUCUGGAGAAUUUAUACAUUGCUAGCAGACAAAAUGCUCGAAAAUAAAGAACACCAAGAGGCCAUCAAAACGCUAAUAAAAGCUUUAAAGAUGGCAAAAGAAGGAGGUGAUAUGAAGAUGCAAGGAGAAGCAGCCUAUUGCUUAAGUCUAGCAUACCAUUUUUCUGGAGAACAUGAGACAGCAUUAGCAAUUUUGAAGACCUCUGUAGAAAUCUUCACAAGCCUUUGUGAUUCUGGUGGCCUGGGCAGAGCAUAUGCAGCUGUAGCCAAGAUCCUGGCAAGUCAGGGAAAAUCAGAUGAAGCUGUGACAUACUUGGGAGAGUUUAUGAAGGAUGCUGAGAGCACUCAUCUUAGCCAAAGCCUGGUGGAUGCAAACGUCUUACUUGGAAAAGUUCACAAUGAAAGAGGGAACUAUAAUGAAGCUCUCGAAUAUUUCAGUCAGGCCUCUGAGGCAGCGAAAGCUUUAAGCAAUUUGCCCUUGGUGGCUGAAGCAGAGAGUUACUGUGGCAUCGCGAGGGCUCACCAGCUGAUGGUGGCGUUUAACAGCCACGUAGCCGCGGCAGCAGCAGAUCCCCGCAGCCUGCAGUGCCUGCUGGCAUGGAAGCAGAGCAGAAGUGACGUGUGCGCUGACCCUCUCACAGGCGAACCUGAUGAAGAAACAAGUGCCUCAAAGCCUCUGUGAGCCUCUGUCCAAGACACCAGCUCUAGAUCUUCCUGAGGUUGCCUGCUUACUGACCGAGAAGCUGAUGUAUAAUGAGUACAGGAAGAUCCUUGAAGAGACAUGCAACAAAGUAGGAAUUUCAGCAAGG